CUUACCAACAAUAGCUCGACAGCAUUAUACCGCACAGCACCCUUCGACAUACAAAGGCAAUUCAAGUGUAAAUCAGUGAAAAAUGAAGAUCCUUUGCGUGUUCUUCGUCUUUGCAAGUGCUUUGUUGGAAGCGAAAGGAUAUCCCUAUCCCUAUUACGGAAAUGUGGACUCAAUUUCAUACGGCUCCGUCGAUAGCUCCCGUGGAGGUAUGGCGUUGAGUCGCUACUACAACCCGUAUUACAAUCCAAGGGCUGUUGGAGCCGGUAUGGCCGCUUUUAUGUUCAAGCCUGAGGAACAAUACCAACCACAAACCAGUCAAUACUAUUUACCAGACAGGAGGCGUCAAACACAACCAGAGUUCAAUUAUCCCCCACAGCAGAAUGAAGUCUACUACCCACAAGUGCCUGAACAAUCUGAACCCUUGCCUGAACAGCCCGCUGUAAUAUCCGAGCUACCGGUUAUCACCGAAGCUUCAGAAAUCGCCGAACCAACCGAAAAAACAGAACAAAUUACAACGACGCUAAAAUCUGUGAUCACCCCUGAAUUGACGGAACCUGAAACAGAAGAGGUACCUAAAGCGUUGCCUUCUCCGAAAAAACGUGUCACUAAAAGGAAACAGGUCAAACGGCCAGUAGAUGAAGACGAAGAAGAUGGUGAAGAAUAUCUCCCUAGGAUGCCAACAGGAGCUUAUUUCCCAAUGUUCUUCGGCUACGGUGGGAGGUCAGGUAGUGGUACCCCUGGUGGUCCAACUGCUAUCGCUAAUGCUUUUAGCACAGGACGAGGAGGUGUAGCUACCAGCCAUGCAACGGCAUACGGGCCCCCAAAACAAGACAGUAAAUUUUAAAAAACCUGUUAUAAUGCAAACUUACAGGAUUCUAAAAGCUUAUUCAUUCGAUUUGUAGCGCCAUCUAGCGUAUAUACGUAUUACUCGCGCAUUAGUGGUUUGCAUCUAAAGACAAAUUAAUUUUAUUGUCGUUCAUAAGUUAAACUUAGUGAUAAUAGAUGGCGUAAUACUCAAUUAAUAAAAGUCAUAAAAAUGUUUUAAAUAAAUAAUAUAUUAGUUGUUAAACAACGUUUCGUGACUAACGAAAAAAUUCAACAUCUUUAAUUCUCAAUUUUUGUUAUAAACAAUAAAUUGAAUUUUUAAGUCA